CUUGCCAGACAUUAACAACAACCACGCCGGGCUGUUGCAGUGCGAGCCUCGUGACUCGAACGUCACAGGUAAUUCGAAAUCAUUCGAUAUUUUUUUCAUGGCAAUUCUACCUGUGCACACCUGGCUAACAGCCCUUCAGCAAUCGUCCCUUGAUUGACUAUAAUCGAGGAAGAGAAAAGUGAUGCGAACAUUUACUGACAGUUGCGUUUGUGGAUUGUGACGAUCGUGUUUUCCGAUUGACUGGAUGAAUAGAAGAAAAAUUUUGGAAAGUAGUUUUCCAUAUCCAGAAGUGUCAUCAGUGAUAUUUGACAGAAAUAAAAUAAUCUACUCGUUCAGUGAGUGGUUCCCCGAGUGACAGUGAUCCAAGUAUCGUACUUCCUUAUUCGAAGGGAACAGUAAUUUAUUAAAGGAUUGUUCGAGUUCUUCGAGUACGACAAUCGAUGUGGAAGAAUGUGGAAAAAGAAAGUCUAAAAUUGACGAAUUUAUUGGUAGUAUCGCGGAUGUUGUCAGGAUCGAGAGAACAAUGACGAUGGACAGUUGAAGAUACCAUUUACGAAAAUUCUGCGGAGGGUGAUCGAGGGCUCGUCUCCGGGGGGGUUGUGGAUAUUAUGUUAGCAAAGGGAUUAUGCGUGUUUCUGAAGGUGUUGGCGUUGGCGGGAAGCGUCUCGGCGUUUCUGCCAGAAGAUCUCGAGGAUCGGGCAACUCCUGCCAAUCUCCAAGAAGAAUGCGCCUCGAAAUGUCCGGACCUCGAUUUGAACCAGAAUCGAACGGACGACUUGAGCUCAGAGGUGGGGUGUGGAGUACGAUGCAAGAUCGACCAGUGCACAAAAGGCUGUGGAGCGUGGCAACGAGCACUCGACACGAGCUGUCAAGCCGUCUGCAAUGGAACGCAAGAACUGCUGCCGCCCAAGGAACUCUAUUGUGUUCUGGGUUGUCACGACGCGCUAAAUCGUUACUUCCAACAAUUGAAAGCGGAAAUAGGCAUCCCACCCGCGCCGGCUCUGGUGGCGGACUCGUUGACCGCAACAUCUCUGAGGCUCGAAUGGAAAGGAAUAGACAUCGAAAGACGCGGAGGAGGCAUCUCGUAUCUGGUGCAAUGGAGGUACGAAGAGCUGGCUGAAACUUGGCAGUACUGCAGAAAUCAAUCCUGGGGGGAAGAUGAUCAGAUCUUGGUGGAGAACUUGCAACCGUACACGAAGUACAGAUUUCGCGUAGCGUUACUCUUAAAAUCAUCGCAACACAAUCCCGAGCCGAUCGUCUCCGCUCCGAGCGUCGUGAUACGAACGCUGGCAGAGGGUUUACCGACCUCAGCACCGAUAAUUGUAAGAGCGGCGGUGGUUGACAGCUGCCGUGUCUCUGUGUCUUGGGAACCAGGUCCAUUUCCAAACGGGCCACUUUUGUCUUAUGUCCUGCGUCUGCAAGGGGCUGACUACUCCCAGCUUAAGGAUAUACCAACGUCAGAGAACACGAAUCACUACUUGAUUCAAAAUCUCGAGCCGAAUCAAAAUUAUUCCAUAAGUGUAACUAUGAGAAACGGUGUCGGCGAGGGUCCUCCUGCGGUCACUUGCAUUACAACAACCCCGGAACCGGCUGUGAAAGACACGCAACAACCCAUUCUAAUUCUCGGAGGGCAACACGUAGUCAUGAAGCAGGACGCGGAUAUGCUUGACGAUCCCAGCGUGAUUUACGAGAACACCAGUACGAUUCGUGGUGUCGCGAUCCACGUUGCUUCCGCUCAGCUUUUCGUCUCUGAUUCCAUGGGAUACGUGUACAGAACGUCCCUCGCGAAACGAACGAAACCGACAGUGAUACUGAGCCCCAGUCAAACUAAUUUCAAACCGUUAAGCCUGUCCGUCGAUUGGCUGAACCUGCAUUUAUACAUUCUGGGCGAGGUGAAACACGCGACGACGGUUUGGCAGAUAGCAAGAUGCAAUCUAGAUGGAAGAGGUUUGACGGUUGCCGUGGCUGGUUUCAUAUCGCAACCUACUCACAUCGAAGUAGACCCGUACAAUGGAUACUUAUUCUGGGUGAACAGCGGCGGUUUGUACAGAUUGGAUCUGGCUGACAUUAGCAACGGAGUGAAACACGAGGUUCAGCCUUAUUUAAUCCUGGAAGAAGCUUGUUUGAAAGCAUUCACUGUAGACCACACGAACUUCCGAUUGUUAGUCCCUAGUCACGUUAAUAACACGGUGAAGUCACUUUCCCUGGAUGGUCGGGAGCUGUUGAAUAUCCGUAACAACACUCAGCAACCGAAAUUCAAGAAUGUAAUCUCUUUAGCAAUGGCGAACGGUUUGUUUUACUUUACCAACGGGGAGGAGGUAUUGAUAGAAGGAUAUCAUUCAGGAAAGAACAGAUAUUUUCAUAAUGCUUAUCCUGAUAGGUCGAACGGUUCAUUUAUCAGUGUCAAUGUACUUAUGGACGCGAGCCAGCCCAUUCCUGUCCCGGUGAAUCCCCCCACGGGUGUCCAAGCUGUUCUCGGUGUAGAAAGGGCCAAAGUUUCCUGGCAAGCGCCUCAUCUGUUGGGCGGUCAGGGUAAGGGCGCUUGGCAGAAUUGGUCCUACGAGCUCGAGAUCAAGGACGAGUCCACUGGUGAGACGAUCCAUCAGAAAGAUAUCGCCGGAUCGUUUCACACUGUGCAUAAUCUUCGAGAGAAAUCAGAGUAUUCGAUCAAAGCUGCCGCUUAUACCAGCGCUGGCAGAGGACCGUGGUCCACCGAAUUCAGGGGACGAACGUUAAGAGACGGAUCACACGCGACCAUUCUUUGGUCCGCGAACGAAGGUCUCCUAAGAAGCGACGUAACUGGCGAGAAUAUCGAUACUCUGAUAUACAAAGCGAGUUUAAAAGAAGCAGAGACCGACUAUCAUAUCGUCGACGUCACUUGGUACAAGGAUGUUCUAUAUAUCGUGGGAAAUAAUUCCGCGUUGUACCGAUACAAUGUCACCAGCCAUCAGAAGAGCAAGAUGAACAUACAUUCUGUCGGUAGCGUGGCUGUUGACUGGCUAUCGAGAAAAUUAUACUGGGCUAAUCCGAAGCAACAAAUUAUAACAAGAGCAAACUUAAAUGGAUCUCAUCAGGAACCUAUGUCAAUUUUAGCCAUCGUUAAAGAAUUAAUGAUCGAUUCUUUGGAGGCGUAUUUAUAUUGGUCCACGGGUCAUGCGGUUGAAGUAGCGCGCUUAAAUGGUCAGGAUAGAAGAUACUAUCAUUCUGACGAGAUAUUCAAUGGCAAACAAGUGAUGGGUUUAACGUUGGACACAGAAAACAGAUACGUUUAUUGGAUUGUUCGUAGUUAUGAGAGUGGAUCGAUUGUCUAUCGUGCACCAACGUCAGAAAGGAUCCCUAUGAGUCACAAAAUUGUGCCCGAGAAGGUGUCAGCCCUGCAGCAUCCAAACAUGCAAGGCUCUUUGUGUUACUUUUCAGAGCACCUUUUCUGGCUGCAAGACGAACGAAACGCAGUGAUAGGCGAUCUGUCAGGUCAGAACACAGCUGUGAUAAAUGGCAUCACUCUAUCGGGCCUUCGCAUGGUAGCCGUGAUGGAUCCAGCUCUUCAUCAAUACCCGAAGAAUUUAACAUCAGAGACAGUGGUCGUUCUACCAAACGCGGUUAAUUACAGUAGCAUCAGAGUUGAAGGGAUCUGGAGGAACUUCAACAUAUCCUGGGACCCUGUCGAGAACAUCAACUACGGCACUGUAUUCUACGAAGUGAAAUUCGCAGACUAUAUAAACACGAAUUCGAAUCCAGAGAUCACGACCAAGACUUCGAUGCCUUACAACAACUCGGAACAGAUUCUACCUUAUUCGGUACUGGAGGUGACAGUGAAAGCUUUCACUUACUGGGAAACUGCACACCAUACCAGGAAGAUAUUAAGAUCACCGCAAAGUGUGCCGACCCAGCCAACCAAUCCCAGAGCCUUCAUAGAGUUUCACAAAGAACCACUAAGCGAGAACGUGAAUAUAUUCGCGAUAUUCAGAUGGGACCAACCAGAGUUCACUAAUGGUUUGAUCACUGGGUACACAGUUCAAUGUUGGUUCAUAGAGAACCACACAGAGAUCCAAAUCUGUGAUAACUCGUUGAUUCCUGCCUCAUUACUGGAGCACACUGUGCAAGAUCUCUUGUCAAAUACAACUUACUAUUUUCAAGUUCGAGCGCAUACCGAGAUCGGCGCAGGGCCGUACACGGAUGUGAUAAACAUUUCAACGAUAUAUGAGAAUCCGGUACCCCAACUGUUAGUAGCUACGCUGGAUGCGGUUAGGGUAUCGGAUCUAGAUCAAGAAGUAAAUUACACGAUCACGCGACACAUUGCCGUCGAGGUGGCCUAUCUAGCUGCGGAGAGUAAAAUCUAUUGGAUAAACGAGAUGCAAGAGUUGGUCACUUCGGAGUUGAACGGGGCGAAUGCCACGAAAAUGUUGGCAUUGAACAACAGUGCUCUUAGCAUAACCGUUGAUUGGGUGGCGAGGAACUUGUAUUGGUCCGAAUCGAGCUACAUAGAAAACGAAGGUCGUAUCAUGAAGUUGGAUUUGACCACCUGGCAAGUUGGUAUUCUUAAGUACGAGAAUAUCGUCACGACGAAUAGGCGCAUAGUGAACCUUGACGUGUUACCAUCUACAGGAUCACUGUACUGGAUAGAAUUAACGAAGAAGGACAUCGGAGUGAUAAUGCAAUCCGAUUUGAAUGGAAAAUCGAAUCAAUUGUUCUUCAAUCACGCAGACGACUGCUCUUGUCCGUACAGACCGUUGGUGAUUCCCGUGAUGACGAUCGACAGCACGAACUAUCAGAAACCAGUCAUGUACUGGAUCUCCCUGGAAGGGCACCUAAACAUCGCUGACAUGAAUGGUUGCACUUGCAGCUUGAUAGUGAGCGCGAGCUUCAACAAAGGCCUGCCACCGACCUCGUUAACAGUCGACAAGAUGAACAUCUAUUGGUCCAAUAUCGCGGAGGAUCAGAUUUACUUCGUAAAUAAAAAGUACCCUGACGAUGGAGAUAUCAAGCAUUUCUAUCUGCCAACCGUGCGCAGUAUAAAAGCCCUUGGGAAAUCAUUGCAAUCCUAUCCCAUAACGAAUUGCUUGAUACCCCAUCAGGUGUCCUACAACGUCGAAGAAUCCAAUAAAACAGCGAACACUAUCACUGUGAAGCUUCCUCGACCUGUUCCUCAGUUCGAUUGCAAGGAAUAUAAUUUACCUACGACACUGUACACGAUAUACGUGUCUCCGUGCUUGGAAAAUGAUCCUAACAUGUGCAAGGACACUGACAGAACAAAGUUGCAGACGUACGAAACUGAGUAUCAAAUAAAGAAUCUGAAGCCUUUCACGAAGUACAGAUUGAAACUGGCAUUGAGCAAUUACUAUGCUGAUUUAGCAUCGAUGAGCUUAGAGUUUGGCUCUGGCGUGGUACUGAGAACCGGAGCUGGUGCUCCGACUGCUCCAGAAAAUGUAACUGUCGAGGCUCUGACGCCAACGUUGGCCAUCGUUUAUUGGAUGCCGCCAAAGAUACUAAACGCUGCCGCUGUCCGAUACGAAAUACAUUGGAAGCUCGAUAGUCUGAUAAACGGGGCACGACAAAAGGGAGAACAGUUGAUAAAGGGCAACGAGCGCACCGCGGAUGGUCGAUUCUUUAGCAUGCUCGAACCAUGGUUGCCUGGUCAGAAGUAUAAAGUGUUCGUCCGUGCCUAUCCUGCUGGAUCUAACGACAAUUACAGCGAGAGUCUUGGCAAACCGGUGACAAUGUACCCGGAGCCUAAUAAAAUACUCCUAACUGGGGUCAGUUUGAACAGUCUGAACGUAACUUGGACGCCAACCGUCAAUCAAGUCAAAUACACUUUAGAGUACAAAGAUGUUGCCAUGGAGGACUGGCAAGUGGCGAAUGAUUCUAAAAUGGACAAAAACAAAGUGACCUACUUUAUCAAGAACCUACAACCGCGGACUUCGUACAAAUUUCGUCUGCUCAUUAGAUAUCCUAAUUAUAAGAAAGACUUUGUUUGGCCACCCGAUGGGGGGUUCACGUUUCUGACAAUGGGUGAUGUACCAAGUGCGCCUGGGAUGCCUACAGUUACUAAGCUUCGCAAUUCCGUGUAUCAAUUAAACUGGGAACCUGCCCAGGCUCAUGGUUCACAGAUCACGUUAUACCGUCUGGAAGGGAUGAAAAUAAACGAGAUCAAUGAACAAAUAGACUCGAGCGAUAAUACCAGCUGGAAACUAUAUUACAAUGGAACGGAUAAUUACUGGAUAAUCACGGGCGACAUGGACGACAAGUAUCGGUUCCGGGUUCAGGCUAAAAACGCGUACGGAUUUGGCCCAUGGAGCAGAUCCAGUCUCGUCAUUGAUUUAACUGAAACUACAGGAGGAAUAUUAGCGGCACAACAGCAUCUUGGAUUGGUGCUGGGACUCAGCGUCCCUGUUAUCACCAUCAUGCUCAUCUGCUUUUGUUAUUUUCUUUGCCCAGUGUAUCGGCAACGCAAGGAGGACAAAAAGGCAGUUUUACCUCCGUUAGUUAGCGACGUAGAACUGGCGACUCUACGGGAGAUACCGAGAGGAAAUUUCGUUCAAUCCAACGCUCUUUAUGCGUCCACCUUGCAAACCGAUCCUGACGACUCGACGUUGCCGAAAAUCAGGAGAGAACAAAUCACACUGGCCAAGUUUCUAGGCAGCGGGGCAUUUGGAGAGGUGUUUCAAGGUAACGCGAAAGAUUUGGAGAGACCGGGAAUCACCCCGGUUGCUAUAAAGACCCUACGAAAGGGAGCAUCGGCUCAGGAGAAGACGGAGUUCCUUCAGGAAGCCAGACUUAUGAGCCAUUUUCGGCAUAAACACGUGCUCAGACUCCUGGGAGUUUGUCUAGACACAGAUCCACCACUGUUGGUGCUGGAACUCAUGGAGGCUGGCGAUUUGUUAAGUUAUUUGAGAGCCAGCCGAUCGUUGCAGCCUUCCGAUCCACAUGCUCUACGCUUGCAAGAUUUACUUGCCAUGUGCGAAGAUGUGGCUAGGGGAUGUCGUUAUUUGGAGGACCUGCAUUUUGUACAUAGAGAUCUAGCCUGCAGAAAUUGCCUGGUGUCUGCUAGGGAUCGAGAGAACCGUGUCGUUAAGAUCGGUGACUUUGGCCUUGCCAGGGAUAUAUACAAGAACGAUUACUAUAGAAAGGAAGGGGAAGGGUUGCUCCCCGUUCGUUGGAUGGCUCCUGAAUCGUUGGUAGAUGGAGUAUUCACUUCUCAGAGUGACGUUUGGGCAUUUGGAGUACUGAUGUGGGAAAUCACGUCGUUGGGGCAGCAACCGUAUCCUGCCAGGACUAAUCUAGAAGUAUUACACCACGUUCGUGCGGGUGGAAGGUUACCCAAACCUCUCAACUGUCCACCUGUUCUACAUCAACUGAUGCUGCGUUGUUGGAGUGCCGCUGAUGCCAGGCCGAGUUUCAAAGUUUGCCUUGAAAACAUAGUUAGUCUUCGUAGCACUAUAGAGGACGCGCCGUUAAGUCCGGUACACGCUGGCCAUUACCUGGCUAGAAGAGGGAACUCCUGGAAAUCGAGCAGUUCCGAAGGCAGUCGCGAUAUGCAACCAUUCCUUCAGAAUUCUCAUAACGCAGCCCUGACAACGCAAUCCAGUGAUACACCGAAAUAUUUAGAGUUAUUAGCGGAUAACGAGGAUAUUAUUUUAAGGGAAAAUUCGACGAACGGAUACGAAGUGCCUCGAUCGAUCCAUAUCUCUCAUCCGAACCUGACUAAUACAACCAAACCUAGUACAAAUGGAGAUCUAAAGAAGAAUUUACACUCUGAUCAAGAACAGAAAGGCACUUUGAGUGGUACCAAAGAACAACUUGGGAAGAAAUGUGAUAAGAGAUCUUCGGUAUCCAGUUUAAGUUUACCAGAGCGUAAAAGAGCAUCGCUUGCAAGUAUGACUGAAAAGUCUAACCCUUCUGAUUGCUCGCAAUCAGGACCGACUGUUAAAACGAUCUUAAAAAGAGACUCCUUCACGUCUCUAACUGAUCAACGGAAGAAUAAAAGGAACAUAGUCGAACGACGAGGUUCGGAGAUAAGUUUAGAAGGUAGAAGUUCUAGUUCGUUAAGCUCCAGUAUCAGUUUAGCUCCACCAACUCGACCUAGCUCAUCUUUAAUUAGUUCGCAAAAUGUUCUUCCUCUGAAGAACAGUGUUAUCGGUGGAGACACAAUGGCGAACGAUGGUAACGUUAAAAGCACAUUGCCAAAAAUUCAAAGGACUCAUUCUAAUUUACAAAAUGGUAAAGCCAACAUUCCUUUGGUGAUAAACAGUGCGUUGUUAAAUUUAUUAAGACAAACUCCUGUCGUCGAAGACAGCAACAAUAUAGUCACGUACACGAAUAUUAAUACGGAUGCCGUUAGAGUGAACGGAUCCUGAAGUUAUUGUUGUUAAAGGUGAGGAUGGAUUAAUUAAAGUCGUUAAAGCACAAUCGUAAGUUUCAGUUAUAACUGCACGAUGAAACUGGAAACGCGCGUCAAGUUCCAUAGUUCUAAACUGCCAUAUUAA